GGUACUCCGUGCCCCGCCCCCUGCGACCAAGUGUCUCACCGGACACUUGGUGAGCAGAGACUGAGGACAGCAUGCGGGACUACGACGAGGUGACCGCCUUCCUGGGCGAGUGGGGCCCCUUCCAGCGCCUCAUCUUCUUCCUACUCAGCGCCAGCAUCAUCCCCAACGGCUUCACUGGUUUGUCAGCCGUGUUCCUGACGGCGAGCCCUGAGCACCGUUGCCUGGUACCGGACUCCGUGAACCUGAGCAGCGCGUGGCGCAACCACAGUAUCCCGUUGGAGACGAAGGACGGACGACAGGUGCCCCAGAAGUGCCGCCGCUACCGACUGGCCGCCAUCGCCAACUUCUCCGCUUUGGGGCUGGAACCGGGACUGGAUGUGGACCUGGAGCAGCUGGAGCAGGAGAGCUGCCUGGAUGGCUGGGAGUACAGCAAGGACGUCUUCCUAUCUACUAUCGUGACCGAGUGGGACCUGGUGUGUCAGAAUGACUGGAAAGCUCCACUUACCACCUCCUUCUUUUACGUGGGUGUGCUGUUGGGCUCCUUCAUUUCAGGACAGCUCUCAGACAGGUUUGGUCGGAAGAAUGUGCUGUUUUUGACCAUGGCCAUGCACACUGGCUUCAGCUUCCUGCAGGUCUUCUCUGUGAACUUCGAGAUGUUUACUGUGCUCUUUGCCCUUGUUGGCAUGGGUCAUAUAUCCAACUACGUGGCGGCAUUUGUUCUGGGAUCAGAAAUUCUUUCCAAGUCAGUUCGAAUUAUAUUCGCCACCUUAGGAGUGUGCAUAUUUUUUGCAUUUGGCUUCAUGGUGCUGCCUCUGUUUGCAUACUUCAUCAGAGACUGGAGGAGACUGCAAUUGGCAAUCACUUUGCCAGGGGUGCUGUGUGGUCCUCUCUGGUGUUUUAUUCCUGAGUCUCCCCGAUGGCUCGUCUCUCAAGGCCGAGUUAAAGAGGCAGAGGUGAUCAUUCGCAGAGCUGCCAAAACCAAUAGGAUUGUUGCACCUUCCACUAUCUUUGAUCCAAAAGAGCAAUUAGAAGACCAAAGUUCCAAGAAGCCUCAGUCACACCACAUUUAUGAUCUGGUCCGAACACAGAAUAUCAGGAUCCUCACCACCAUGUCUAUAAUCCUGUGGAUGACCAUAUCAGUGGGCUAUUUCGGACUUUCUCUUGACACUCCCAACCUCAAUGGCAACAUCUACCUGAACUGCUUCCUUUUGGCAGCUGUUGAAGUCCCAGCCUAUGUGUUGGCCUGGCUGUUGCUGCAGCACAUGAGCAGGCGCUAUUCAAUGGCUGGUUCCCUUUUCCUGGGUGGCAGUGUCCUCCUAUUACUGCCGCUGGUGCCUUCAGAAUUACUUUAUUUGUCUACUACCCUGGUGAUGGUGGGCAAGUUUGGGAUCACCUCUGCCUAUUCCAUGGUCUACGUGUACACAGCUGAGCUGUACCCCACUGUGGUGAGAAGCAUGGGUGUGGGGGUCAGCUCCACAGCAUCCCGCCUUGGCAGCAUCCUGUCUCCCUACUUUGUUUACCUUGGUGCCUAUAACCGAUACCUGCCCUACAUCCUCAUGGGAAGUCUGACCAUCCUGACAGCUAUUGUCACCUUGUUCUUCCCAGAGAGCUCUGAUGUCCCUCUCCCAGACACAAUUGACCAGAUGCAAAAGGUCAAAAGAAUAAAGCGUACGCAAUCCCUAAGGCAGAAACGGGUCUCAAAAGUUUCUAAAGAAAGUGCCUAGAUCCCAAAAGAUGCUGAAGAAAACGCCCCAGAAUCCUAAAAAAUAUAUCCUUCUAACAUCCUUCCAGAAGAUGAAAAACUAAACUGACAAUCUGCAUGUUGUCAGAAACGCUGUCAAUGACCAGGGGCUUUUCUGUUCUGCUGACCUUGUGUCUAAUGUGCUCAUGGAUUGCUGCGUCUGUCCUGGAGAGCCACCUUCCUCUAGGGACAUCAAGACUAACCACAGACAGCUUGCACAUCCAUUCCAGUGGUGGCCUUGGCCCUUCCAAAGAAGUUAAUGAGUUUCUUGAACCAGUGGGACUUAGAAGACUGUGUGAAACAACUCUAGACUUGCUUUGCUAUUUUAGAAGACUGGUAAGGUUGCACAGAUAGAACUGCAGGUCUGUUUUUCCCUCCUCUCCCUAACUGCAAACUCACAGGAAAUGGAAUAGAUGUCACUUAGUGGCAGUGUGCUUGGCUAGGAUGCACAGGGCCCUGAGAUCCAUACUAAGAACCAGAAGGAAACAAACAACACUUCUUCGGAGAAGAUUAAUGAUUCCAUGAAGAGUUUGAUUUCUCAUCUUUUCUAAGUGACAAAAAUCCUUGCUGUGAUUGUUUUACCUCACCACAGAAGACCACAAGACCUAGGGAACCAUAGAGGACAUGAAGGUGGAAACAGGUAUGUAAGUCAGCAGUGUGUGGAUUGUGGCUGCUCAGUCCCACAGCCAGGAGUGCUGUGUGUGUCUGGUCAGAGUCCCGGGCUUGUCCAGGCGGUGAGAAAUCACUGUUGAGGCCAAGGCUGGUCUUGCGCUGAUGUGUAGACCAGACACUUAGCUGUGUCUUGAAGGGAAUGUAUGGGUGACACAAUGUCCCUUCCUUCUCUCAGCACUGCCAUGGGGCUUUGUUUUGCUUGUCGUCUGUUGUAUCUUCAGCAGAGACUUGGGAACAGUGUUUCCCAGCCUGGAAUUACCCUGGCUGGGGUGCGAUUGCCACCAUGGAAGAGAAAUUGCCCUUAUUACUGCUCUGAGUGUCCAAAACAACAACACUAUGCUUGUUCCUUUUAUGAUGUAUAAUCAUAAAGAAAAUUACAAGAAAGAAAUGUAAAUUGUGUUCACAGUCUCUCAGAGUUGCUGACUGCAGUCUUGUAACAUCGGCAGGUGUUUUGUGUUCAGUGUGAUUGUCUGUUCUUCUGAUUAUGUUGCCAUGGUAUUGGCACAUGCUAAGGCACACAAUUCCCCUACUUUAAAAAGAAGAAACAAUAUAAUGAUUUUGUGGAAAGUACUGAAGUGCCUUGGCCCAUGAGACAAUCUUAAUAAACAAUGAUAUUUUUAAAUAAUA